AGACUCUUUUGACUGUUUCUUUUCCUCCAAAUACAUAACGGUAACCAACUACCUUCCCCCCUCCUUUUCCUCUCUUCCAUGCUUCAUCCUAGAGCUAAGUCCCAAUUCCUUCUCCUUUCCUCACGUUCAUGCAGACUUGCCAUUUUACGAAUGCACCAAAAAUGGAACGCAAACGAACCAUGACGAUGAACUGGGAUGGCCUCGGCGACGACGGUGACGAAGACGCCGACCGCUUCCUUGAGUCCACUGAACGCAUUUCCUCCGCCUUUUCCCUCGACCUUGCCUCCUCCUCCGAUGACGAUGACGAAGAAUUCGAAACUCGUACAUCCUUCGCCUCUGCUGUCUCUUCUCUACGCUCUGCCAAAUUUAGAAACUCGAUCAUCUCCGACCCUGCUGCUCCUCUCAACUAUGAUAUCUGGAUGGCUACACCCGGUUCCAUCAAUGAACGCCGCAAGCGCCUCCUCCAAGGAAUGGGAUUGGCCGUGGCGGGGGAUAACAAGAAAGACCUCCUUAGCUUUAAACGUGUUGUUUCCGAUAAGUCUUUUUCUUCAAGGCCUUCUCCUCCUACUCCUCCACCACCACCUCCUACUAAUACUACUACUUCUGCAUCUCCUUCUUCUCCAAGUAAAAAUCAACUGAAACAAGUCGAGCCUCUGCAUUCUCAUUCUCCUUCUCCUUCACCAUCAGAUACGCCUUCGCCUUCGCAUUUACCGAUCGUUCUAGUUCGGUCACGAUCCGACGGGGACAUUGAGAUGUUGUCAAUACCGAAACGGAGGAAAGAGGACCUCAUCGGUAAAACAUCGAAGCAACGGCUCACACGAACCUAUUCGAUGAUAGUAGCGCAACAUGCUCGAAUAUGUCCUACGUAUCUGGAUGCCAUCAGAAUAUCGCCAAAAGAAGCUGGACAAGUCUCCUCCAGACAACCAAUUCGACAUAGCGGCACCCUGUCGCGGAGCUGUUUUGGAGCUUUCUUUCUAAUCAAGAACUUGGACACGGGGAAGGAGUUCAUCGUGAGUGAAUAUGGGGAAGAUGGGAUGUGGAACAAGCUCAGUGACCUUCAGACGGGAAAGAAGUUGACAAUGGAAGAAUUCGAGAAAUGCGUCGGCUAUUCUCCGGUGGUGAAGGAGCUAAUGCGUCGAGAGAACGUGUCAUCGAGAAAUAUGAAUGAUAUCGAUGGGAAUGAAAUCGACAGGAAAGUGGGCGUGAAUUCGUAUUUCUCGAAGAGUUUGAGAAUGAGCAAGAAAGGAGGGGCUGCUCUGUUGAAGAACGUGAAGGGUUUGGCUAACUCGAUGAGUGGAGUACUAAUUGGUGAAAAGGAUCAGAGGGAGAUUUCGCAACUUCCAACGCCAGUGCUGGAGCCGAAACUGGGAAAGAAUUCUAAUUCCUCAAAAUGGAUAAAAGUCCAGCAAAGUGGCAAGUCGUGUAAGGAGCUCUCCGCUCUGCAUUUGUGCCAAGAAAUUCAGGCUCAUGAGGGGUCGAUUUGGACUAUCAAGUUUAGCCACGAUGCGCGAUUUCUUGCAAGUGCAGGAGAGGACCGUGUAAUUCAUGUGUGGGAAGUGCAGGAAUGCGAGGUCAUGCCUCUGAGGCUAGGCGAGGAAGUUGGAUAUACGACCCCGCUUCAUCAUUCCUUCUCUGCUUCUGGAGAAAGACCUAAUCCGACUCUUGGUGAGGCUAUGUCAUUGCCAUCAGAGAAGAAGAAAAAGGGAAAGUCUAGCACCAGAAAAGGGAACUCCAUACCCGACUAUGUUCACGUGCCUGAAAGCAUGUUUUCGCUUUUGGAGAAGCCUGUCUGUUCUUUCCAAGGUCAUCAGGAUGAUGUUUUGGACUUGUCCUGGUCUAAAUCUCAGCUGUUGCUUUCAUCUUCAAUGGAUAAAACUGUUAGGUUAUGGGAUUUGGAAACCAAGAGCUGUCUAAAGUUGUUUGCCCACAACGAUUAUGUAACUUGCAUACAGUUCAAUCCGAUAGAUGACACUUAUUUCAUCAGUGGCUCACUUGAUGCAAAAGUUCGAAUAUGGAGCGUACCCGAUCGGCAAGUUGUGGAUUGGAUGGACUUCCAUGAAAUGGUCACUGCUGCAUCUUACACCCCUGACGGCCAGGGUGCCAUAAUUGGUUCACACAAAGGAACUAUUCGCACAUAUAGCACAGAAGGUUGCAAAUUAGAUCAAAUAAGCCAGAUUGAUAUUCAAACAAAGAAGAAAUCUCAGGCUAAAAAGAUCACUGGCUUUCAGUUUGCCCCAGGAAAUCCAUCUGAAGUGCUGGUUACUUCAGCUGAUUCCCGGAUUCGAGUUUUGACUGCAUCAGAUGUCACUCAUAAGUUCAGAGGUUUCCGAAAUACAAGUAGCCAAAUUGCAGCCUCUUUUUGUCAGCGUGGGAAAUAUAUAAUCAGCGCAAGUGAAGAUUCCCAUGUUUAUGUUUGGAAGCGUGAAGAGCCCCGAAAUCAUGGAUCAGGCAUAGGAAAAAACAAGAGCUUAACCAGCACCAAUUCACACGAGCAUUUCCAGUGUAAGGAUGUUUCUGUAGCAAUCCCAUGGCUUGGCACCAUAAAGGGUGAACCACCAGCCAUGCCAACACAACCAAAAAGGCAGUCCAAACGCUACCCUUCACAGCCAACUUCAAUUAACGGGUCGCCAACCAGAGAAGACAACCUUAUAACCAACACUAAAAGACAGCUGCCACCACUUCCCAAGAAAAGCACCAAUAACAAUGCUUUAGAGAGUGCUUCAACGCCCCAAGAAGAUGUCGGCCUUGCUCUAGUUUCUCAAACAGAAUCUGGAAUCGGAGAGUCAUUCGAUUCGGUUUCGAGCUCAGGUAGAUACGGUGAUUCACCCUCUAUUUUGAAUGCUAGGAAUCCAUCAGCAUCAUCUUCAUCUUGGUCUUCUUCUCGGUCUUGGUUUGAUGUUGGCAAUAACCAUGUCGCCCAUACCAUCCAACCAACAGCAUGGGGCUUGGUAAUCGUCACUGCCAGUCUAGGAGGUGAAAUCAGGGCUUACCAGAACUUUGGGUUGCCGCAUAGGAUUGGCCGCCAAACCAGUCUCUUCGGAAGCCCCACAUGAGUUGAUUUCUGUUGAUAAAGAUAGAAUUAACCUUCUUUUCUUGACAAAACUUCUAGUAUUCUACAUUUGGUUAUAAAUUCAAGUUGAGGAAGGAACCUAA